AUGGCCGAGCUCAAUCGAGAGUUUCAGCGGAGACAGCGCGACACGUACAAGAAGCGCAACCAGUCCCUUUUCAUGUACUCGGCCGCCACCAUCAUCUUUGCCGUUGGCUUCACCUACGCCGCGGUGCCUCUGUACCGAGCCUUCUGCUCCGCCACGGGCUUUUCUGGCACGCCGCUAACCGACCCGUCCAGGUUCGAGCCAUCUCGACUGGUACCGGCCUACCUCGAUCCCUCCACCAACCGGCCGGCCAAGCGGAUCCGCGUCACGUUCAACGCGGACGCCUCCGACGCCAUCCCGUGGACCUUUACUCCGCAGCAGAAGGAGAUCUACGUGCUGCCCGGCGAGACCGCCCUGGCCUUCUACACAGCCAAAAACAAGAGCGAUCGCGACAUCAUCGGCAUCGCAACCUACAAUGUCGCUCCGGAUAGGAUCGCGCCAUACUUUGCCAAGGUCGAGUGCUUCUGUUUUGAAGAGCAGAAGCUGAUCGCCGGUGAAGAGGUCGACCUGCCGAUCUUCUUCUUCAUCGACUCGGACGUGCUCGAUGACCCGUCGGUCAAGGACGUCGACGACGUCGUGCUCAGCUACACUUUCUUCUCGGCCCGGAGGAAUCCGAAGAACGGUCAGCUAGAGCCGGAUACGGACCUCUCCAAGUACCAGGUCGGCAAGGAUCUUUAG